AUGGCAACGCAACAGAAAAUACAUUUAAUCAAUUUCGAGCAGUAUCUGCGACCCAAGCAGCCGCACAAGAUAACGCCGCUGCAGUGCUUCGAUAGACCAGAAACAAAGCUAAACAAAUGCUGCAGACAGCUAAAGCGACUGAAGCUGCUACGCUGGCAUAGACAAUUGAGCGGGCAAGUCGCUCAGGCGUUGCAGCAGCUGCCACUGCCGCGCUUUCUGCAUUUUCUACGCGCACGUCAGGACGAUGGCUUAUGCAAGCCGAAGACAGGCUUUGAAAUCUACUGCGAAAUGAGCAGCAUACAUGGCUUUCAUAUAUUCGUAGGCGCUUGCACCUGGCAAAGAGUGCUCUGGUGGCUUUUGAUAUGCACAGCGGUGCUGCUGAGCUUGCUGGUGCUAUUCAUGUCGCAUUUGAUGAGCAAGAGCAUGCCCACUAUAAGCUAUAUAGAUGCCAUAACGCGACCGAUGUCGGCAGCGCCAAUGCCCUUUCCAGCGCUAACUAUUUGCAGUCUGAAUCGUGUGUCCAGCUGGCAGUUGCAGCAGCAGGCCAAGCAGAUGCAGCUGCCAUAACAAACGCUGCAGCAGCUGCCCUGGCUGCUACACCAAUACAAUGAAAGUCGUUAUGGGCAGCUGCUUAAAUCGAAUGUAAGCUGG